AUGCCACGUCGUAGUAGUAAUGCUCCUUCUAUACCAGUGGUCGCAACCAUCGAUAUUGGUACCACUUCAGCAAGAGCAAUCAUUUUCUCAAGAGAAGGUGAAGAAUUAGCUAAGCAUCAAAUUGAAUACUCCACUACUGCUUCAGAAGCACCUGAUUCCUCGUCAAACACUGACCAAUUCAGAAGAAGAUCGUCUUUAAUGAGACAAAAUGAACCUAUUUUCUCGGCUGAAGGUAUUGCUAUCUCCAUCAAUGAUAACGUUAUGAUCGAAAACAACCAUUCCUCGGUUGGUCCGACUUUAAGAUUCCCUCAACCUGGUUGGGUUGAAUGUAUGCCUGUUCAUAUCUUGGCCAAUGCUGUUCAAUGUUUGGUUGCUUGUUUGAUCACAUUGAGAAAAAUUAACCAAAAUCCUAAUUUGAAGCUUAAAUAUAGAGUUAAAGCUAUUGGGAUUGCCAAUAUGAGAGAAACCACUAUUGUUUGGUCCAGAAAAACUGGUAAGCCAUUAAGUGGUGGUAUCACUUGGACUGAUACUAGAACUGCCGAAAUUGUUCAACAUUUAGAAAAAAUGAUUGAUGAAGAUAGAAAAGCUGAAUUGAAAGAAAAAACAGGUUUGCCAUUGUCAACUUAUUUCUCAGCUGCUAAAUUGAGAUGGUUAUUGGAUAAUGAUGAUGUCAUCAGAGAAGAAUAUGAAAAGGGUGACGGUAAUUUAAUGUUUGGUACUGUUGAUACCUGGUUGAUUUACCAUUUAACUAAAGAAAAAACCUACGUUUCUGAUAUCACUAAUGCAUCAAGAACUUAUUUUAUGGAUUUGGAAACUUUAGAUUGGGAUGAUGAAUUAUUAGAUUUCUGGGGUAUUGAUCCAACUAGAAUCAGAUUCCCAAAAAUCGUCUCAUCUUCUGAAUUCUAUGGUGAAUUUGCUGCCCCAAAUUUGUCCAACUUGGGAUUCCAUAAUAAAAUCACCCAAGAAGCAUAUGAUAUUUUGAAAACCAUAACUGGUGUUCCAAUUUGUGGUUGUCUUGGUGAUCAAUCAGCCUCCUUGGUAGGUCAAUUGGCCUUCACUUCUGGUUCUGCUAAAUGUACUUAUGGUACUGGUGCUUUCCUUUUGUACAACACUGGUCCACGUAAGUUGAUUAGUAAACAAGGGGCAUUGACUACUUUUGGUUAUUGGUUCCCAACAUUAGAAGGAAAUGAAGGUAAACCUCAUUAUGCUUUGGAAGGUUCUAUUGCUGUUGCUGGGUCCAUUAUUCAAUGGUUGAGAGAUAACUUGAAAAUGAUUGAUAAUGCCAAGGACAUUGGUCCAUUGGCUUCUCAAGUUGAAAAUUCUGGUGGAGUUGUGUUUAUUCCAGCAUUCUCGGGGUUGUAUGCUCCAUAUUGGGAUAGUGGUUCUCGAGGUACUAUAUUUGGUAUGACUCAAUACACUUCAGCCUCUCAUAUUGCUCGUGCUGCAUUGGAAGGGGUUUGUUUCCAAGUACGUGCCAUUUUAAAAGCUAUGGCUAGUGAUGCUGGUGCGUCUGAAGAUUUCUUGGAAGAAUCAUUAUGUUGUCAAGGUAGUAGCAGACCUUUAUCUUCAUUGGCCACUGAUGGUGGUAUGUCCAAAGCAGACGAAGUCUUACAAAUUCAAGCAGAUAUUUUAGGGCCUUGUGUUACAGUUACUCGUGCAUUAACUCCUGAAUGUACUGCUUUAGGUGCUGCUAUUGCUGCUGGUUUAUCAUUUGAAAAUGAAGAAGAUCGUAUAUGGAAGGAUCUUGACGAUGUGGUUGAAAAAAUCACUGGUGGAGCCAGUGGUAAAACUGGCAACAAGUUUGUUGCUGAAUUACCUGAUGAUACGAGAAGAAAGAAUUGGAAACGUUGGGAAAAGGCAAUCGAAAGAGCCAAGAGCUGGUUAGAUGAUGAGUAA